AGGCGGCAGUCUCGGAAACAGCCUCGCUCCUGGGGGCCUUCCACACCCGCCACCUGCGCGGUGCCCUUACUCAAGAUGGCUGCCCGACGGCUGUUGCGUCACGUGGUGGCCUCGGCGCUCUGCCCUCCGUGCGCCACGUGACCCCCGCGGGGCUCUGUGCGAGGAGGCCACGUGGGCGUCGGGCUGAAUAGAUGUGGAAGUCAAAUUCAUCAUGGCUCAGAAGAGGAGCUCAGGUGGGCAGCCAUUCCUGCUGAUGAUGAUCAUUGCUGUGGCCUUUGCACAUUUAACUGUCUGCCCAUUUACAAAAGUGGAGGAGAGCUUUAAUCUGCAAGCAAUCCAUGACAUUGUGUACCACAGACUGGACUUGGAUAAGUAUGAUCACCAUGAAUUUCCUGGAGUUGUCCCAAGAACGUUCCUUGGACCAAUUUUUAUUGCUGCACUUUCCAGCCCAGCUAUAUAUGUACUGUCUAUGUUGCAAAUGUCCAAGUUUUACUCCCAGUUGAUAGUUAGAGCAAGCUUGGGGCUUACUGUGAUUUAUGCACUAUGGAAGUUACAGAAAGAAGUUAGAAAGCAGUUUGGAUCAACUGCAUCAACCAUCUUCUGUCUUAUAACUGUUACUCAGUUUCAUCUGAUGUUUUACUGCACUAGAACUCUUCCCAAUGUGUUUGCACUUCCUCUUGUUCUGCUGGCACUUAUGUUCUGGAUACAACAAAAACAUGGGCUCUUUAUCUGGUUCUCAGCAUUGGCAAUUAUUGUCUUCAGAUCAGAGCUCUGUAUAUUCUUAGGCCUCAUGCUUCUGGUGACAUUAUUAAGUAAAAGACUCUCUAUUUUGAAGAUGCUUUCCCAUGCUAUCCUAGCUGGAGUGUUUUGGUUGGGACUAACGAUUGCUGUGGACUCUGUUUUCUGGGGACAGCUUCUGUGGCCUGAAGGGAAAGUGCUUUGGUAUAAUACAAUUUUAAAUAAAAGUUCCAGCUGGGGAACUUCCCCCUUCUUGUGGUACUUCUAUUCAGCCCUACCUCGUGCUUUGGGAUGUAGCGUUAUAUUUGUACCUCUAGGUGCAACCGACAAAAGGACUCGGGUAUUACUUUUGCCAACACUGGGUUUUAUUUUCUUGUAUUCAUUUCUCCCGCACAAAGAGCUGCGUUUUAUCAUAUACACUUUCCCUGUCUUCAACAUUGUGGCUGCCAAAGGUUGCUCAAGAAUUCUGAAUAACUACAAGAAAUCCUGUCUUUAUAAACUAGGAUCUCUGUUUGUUAUAACACAUCUUCUAGUUAAUUGUGCUUAUUCAGGAGCAUCAUUAUAUGUUUCACAUUUCAACUACCCUGGAGGAGUAGCAAUACAGAAAUUACAUGAGUUUGUGCCUUCAACAGCAGAUGUCUCUGUUCAUAUUGAUGUGACUGCUGCACAAACUGGGGUUUCUCGAUUUUUAGAAAUCAACCCGAAUUGGAGAUAUGACAAAAGGGAAGAUGUUAAACCAGGGGACCAGCUGAUGUUCUCUUAUACACACAUACUGAUGGAAAUGGACCCUAUUCGAAUAUCACAUUACAAGACUACCCACAGGCCACUGGUGAACAUAUCUGGCAUUGGUAAAAUCGUGUUGAACCUUACAGCACUACCUCCUUUUACUUUAAAUUUAAAACCAAAAUUAACACUGUUGGAAAAACUCCAUGUCUCUUCUUGAUCGGAGAUUUUUAAAUGUCUUUUGACUUAACUGUUGAUGACUGAGUAACUUCCAAGACAACCUUGUUUUGCCAUUCUAGCAAUACUGUUCAGUAGCUGUGGGGAAAAAAAGAAAACAAUCUUUGUACUGGUUAGUAUUUGCCUCCAUUCUUUAUUUCUCAUAUAAAUAUUGCAGUGUUCCAACGCUGUAUGUAAAUCCCGUCCAAACCAUUGCUGAGCUAUGUUGUACCUACCAUCUUCUUUGAAGCACAUGUAACAAGCUCAGCACUGUUAAAUACAUUCUGCACGUUUGAUUUGGAUAGUUGCUUGUUUCACUUUGAAAUGUGUAUAUGUUCUAAGUGAAUUGUAUGAAAUAGGUACAUGCUACUGAGGUAUUUUUUAUAUGCAAGUCCUCUGUGGUGGUUGGGGAUUUUCUGUAUAAAGAGUGAUUUCUUCCUUCCAAAGGAUUAAGUUGAAAAGAGAAGCUUUAAUAAUAUAAUUUUGUACUGCAGCAAAGCCAUAUUCAUUGUAGCUUAAUCACUAUCCAUAAUUGUGCCCUACAGGCUGGUGAACUAAUUAAAGUUAAAAAAAUCCAUUUGAAGAGCAGUUGCACCUUUUGGCAAGCACCAUCUCUUAUCUGAGUUGAGUGUCACAGGAUGGUUCAUCAUCAUAUCUUCACUGUAGAAAUAAAUAAAAAGGGUAACUUGGCUUUUGGAGGAAAACGUUAGGCAUUCAAUUUUUUUUUUUAGUAGCCUCUUAUUUUCCAAUACAAGGAAACAGUCUUGACCUGUAAUAUACACGUUUAGCUGUAAAGUAUUCCUUUUAAUAAGCUUAAGAGAACAUCUCAUUGUGAAUAAAUCAAAAAGGAAUUAAGUUGUCUGGGAAGACUGUGAAAGGUGAUGUUGCAGAUAGUAUUUCAGAGACAAAUGGACUGUAUUCUACAGAAAUGGUUAUUUGUCCUUAUGCCUAGAGGUUAUGCGUUAAGACUGAUUCACUUUGCUUUCUUCUGACUGAGAUAUUUUGUUGUGUAAGCUCUUGAUCAAAAUCAACACUGAGUACUCAUUCUCCUUAAUUAAAAGAGUUUACUGAAGUAAACAACUUAAGCUAUG